UUGUCGCUUAAACCAGGACUUACUUGAAAGUUUUUUUUCGCGCCUCAGAAGCAUCGGCGGUACUUACGAUAACCCUACACCAACAGAUUUCAAGUACAGGUUCAGACAAAUGUUACUAGGAUCUGAACUUCCUCUGCCACAAGGCGCAUGUGUUGAAGACGAUAGUUUGAAGCAAAAACCAUAUCUGACCAGCCAGAUGUUCACCGAAUUGAAUUUAAACAUUCCAGAAAACAAGAACGAAUAAAACGAGGCGGUUCAAGAUGAUUUGUUCACGCCCUUGACUACGUCAUGGGAAGAGAAUGAAGCAUUAAGAUAUGUAGCUGGAUAUUUGAUUCAUGCAAGCGAGGACGCUAAUCUAAAAAGUAUUGAAGAAACAGAAAACAAAGGUAAUUAUCAUAAUUUUAUUUGUUGCUAUGAUUUAUUUUAUUUUAUUCCCUGUUUACUGUAGGAUUGUGUGUUUUGAUUUUUAUAGAUGGAUGGAUAGAAAUACUGAGUCGCGGAAAAUUGACUGUCCCGUCAUCAAAAUUUGUGAAAACUGUACAGCAUGCUGAAGAAAUAUUUAAAACACAUCACGGGUUAGGAUUACAGAACGGAAAAGGUGUUGUGCGAAACUUUUUCGUGAAACUAGUAGAACAUUUUCCAGAUGUUAACAAAAAAGUUUUAAUGAAGUUUGCAAGAACCAGAACUUUUAUUAGACUUCGGCAUUUAAAUCGUCAAGCAAAAAUUGCAAGCACGGAAAAGAAAAGGCAGAAGAAGCUUGCACAGCUUGUUCAGAAAACCAGAAAUUAAGGUACCGGCAGACGCGGUUCAGCUCGCGGCGCAUGCGCAAGCGCGUGGUGUUCAAGAACGGCGACUGCAACGUGGUGCAGGGCCGCGUGGCGAAGCGGCGGCGCCGCUACCUGCAGGACAUCUUCACCACGCUGGUGGACGCUCAGUGGCGCUGGACGCUGCUCGUGUUCGCCAUGCACUUCCUGCUCAGCUGGCUGGGCUUCGCCGUGCUGUGGUGGCUGAUCGCGCUCACGCACGGCGACCUCAGCCCGCUCAACAACGCCAAGGUCGCAUCGUUGCUCGGGACCAACGCGACCAACCCGAACUGGACGCCGUGCGUCCGCGAGGUGUACAGCUUCUCGUCGUGCUUCCUGUUCAGCGUGGAGACGCAGCACACCAUCGGCUACGGCUCGCGGCACACCACGGAGGAGUGUCCCGAGGCCAUCUUCGUCAUGUGCCUGCAGAGCAUCACCGGGGUCAUGAUCCAGGCCUUCAUGGUCGGCAUCGUGUUCGCCAAGCUGUCGCGGCCCAAGAAGCGCACGCAGACCUUGCUCUUCAGCCGCAACGCCGUGAUCUGCCAGCGCGACGGCUUCUUCUGCCUCAUGUUCCGCGUGGGCGACAUGCGCAAGUCGCACAUCGUGGAGGCGCACGUGCGCGCGCAGCUCAUCAAGCGGAAGGUGACGCAGGAGGGCGAGCUGCUGCCCUACUACCAGCAGGAGCUGAAGGUGGGCGGCGACGGCGAGGAGGACAAGAUCUUCUUCAUCUGGCCCACCACCAUCGUGCACAAGAUCGACGCGUCCAGCCCGCUGUACCCCUUCUCCGCCGCCGAGAUGGUGCGCGAGCGCUUCGAGAUCGUCGUCAUCCUCGAAGGCGUGAUCGAGUCGACGGGCAUGACGACGCAGGCGCGCUCGUCCUACCUGCCGAACGAGAUCCUGUGGGGCCACCGCUUCGAGCCGCUCGUCACUUUCCGCAAGGACACGGGCGAGUACGAGGUGGACUACAGCCUGUUCAACAACACCUACGAGGUGGACACCCCGCUGUGCAGCGCCAAGACCCUGGACGAGCUGCGCAGGUUGCAGAGCCUGCACGGCGACAGGGCCGAUCGCGCGGCGGCGCCGCGGGGCGCGCUGGACGCGCUCGAGCUGGGCAGCAUCGACUCCAACAGCGGCUCGACGGAGGAGCAGCCCUCCGUGCUGACGGCGACCACGCCCACCGACCACCCGGGCCCGCCCGAGUCGCGCAUAUAACGCUGGUCGCCGCGCGCCGCCCUCCCGGGCAGGUGACCUUGACGCGGGACCCGGUUCCCGACGGGGGUUGAGGGGAGGCGAGGACGGACGCGGCGGAGGGCGGCCGCUGAGGGACAAGGGAGUGUGCUGCUGCGGAGAGCGCUAUGCCCGCGACGGCCCCGGGGGGUCCACGCACCAUCGACGAAGGAGGCGGGCCUCGUCGGAGCUCGCCGUAGUCGCUCUGACGAGACCCCCGUCAACCCUCCCCCCCCCCCCCUCAACGAGUUCCCGACCCGACGUUCCACGCUUCCACGUAACCGGCUCGGCCAAUAGCGGGGGCCCGGCGCCCCCCACCGCCGUAUAAAGCGUCACGCCGCGGCGCGGCUGGAGCUCAGUGCUCGCUUGACCUCGCGCGCGGGAGCUUCGACCCCCCCCCCCCCCUUCUCCCCUCUUGUGGUCCGCGGCGUGGUCCGAGACGCCCGAGCGAGUGAACCCAGGGAGUGCCGGCUCGCCCAGAUGGUGUGGUGCUCGCGGGAGGCGGCCGCGGCGGCGGCGCCAGCGCCCCGGGAGGCGGCUGCGACGCCCCCGGAGGAAGGCGGGACUAUGAGCGCGUCCUGACGAAGAAG